AUGUCAGAAACGGUGCCCAUCACGUUGCCGCUGUCGGUACCCUUUCCCGUGACAAUCUCAUCUAUUUUGUGCUCCUCGGGUGAUAGCAUUCGAAAACGUCAGACCAUCUUCAAAUACAAAUACUGGGACUAUCAGGAUGACCCAAACUCCAAGGAUGAUCCACCGCCCAAGAUCCGCGUGGAACGCAUUGGUGCGUACGAGAGUCCCGUUGAAGGUGAAGUGCUAGGAAUCAAAACCCACGAAAACGCAGAAAUCAACCACAGUGGUAUCGUAUUGUGUUCCAUCAGAGAGCCAUGCGCCCACGCGGUGCAGUACGGCGGGUUGUGCGCCUUAUGUGGGAAGGCGGUAGAGGACGAGAAGGACUAUACUGGCUUCAACUACGAAGAUCGAGCCACCAUCUCAAUGUCUCACGAUAAUACUGGGUUGAAAAUAAGUUAUGAAGAAGCCGCAAAAAUCGAGCAGAACUCCACCACCAGGCUCACCCAGCAACGGAAGUUGAUUUUGGUGGUGGACCUUGAUCAGACGGUGAUCCAUGCCACGGUGGACCCCACGGUAGGAGAAUGGCAACUGGAUCCAUCCAAUCCCAACUACCGAGCUGUUAAAGAUGUACAAUCGUUUUGUCUUGAAGAGGAGCCCAUCACGCCGCCCAACUGGAGCGGGCCCAAGUUGUCGCCCACGAAGUGCUGGUACUACGUGAAGUUGCGGCCGGGCUUGGAAGAGUUUCUUCGGGAAAUGGCCGAGAUCUAUGAAAUGCAUAUCUACACCAUGGCCACCCGAAACUACGCAUUGGCCAUCGCCAAGAUCAUCGACCCCGAAGGCGAGUACUUUGGAGACCGGAUCUUGAGUCGAGAUGAGAGUGGCUCGUUGACACACAAGAACUUGAAACGGUUGUUUCCGGUGGAUCAGUCCAUGGUCGCUAUCAUUGAUGAUAGAGGCGAUGUGUGGCAGUGGGAAGACAACUUGAUCAAGGUGGUACCGUACGACUUCUUUGUGGGGAUUGGAGACAUCAACUCGAGCUUUUUGCCAAAGAAAAACACCCAAAUCACCGGUCCCAGCAAGAAGAGAAAAUCAAUUGCAAAGUUGGAAGCCAUGGAAGAAGACCUUGAACACGAGUUUGCCGAAUCGGACAAUGGUGAUGCUCCAGACAGUGAAAGCGAUGUGUCGGAUACUGGAGAUUCAAAGGAGGACAAAGAGAAUAUCGAUCACUCGCAUUCUGCGGUCGAUAGACUCGUUGAAAUCGGCGGUGGUGAAGACAAUAAGAAUCUUUUGAUCGAGCAGUCACGGUCCCGGACUCUUUCAUUGGAGCAACAGCAGCACGACCGGCCAUUGGCCAAGUUGCAGCAUGAUCUUGAAAAGAUAAACCACGAUCACGAAACUAAGUCCGAUAGCGAACACUCAAGUAACGAAAACGACGAUGCUGCGAACGACGAAGAAGAGGAUAAUCUUUUGUACGACGAUGACAACGAGUUGGAAUCGCUUAAGGUGGCCCUCUCCAACAUUCACAACGAGUACUACAAGAUUCUUGACUCCAAAAAUCCUGAAAGACCGGAUUUAACGUACGUGAUACCUAAUUUGAAGAGCAAGUGCUUGGAAGGAGUGGUGAUACUUUUCUCGGGAAUUAUUCCCUUAGGGAUCAACCCUGACUCAGCUGACAUUGUCAUCUGGUGUAAGCAGUUUGGAGUCAAGGUGGUGAACGAGGUGUACCCUGAGGUGACUCAUGUUGUGUGUCGAGACCCCAAUAGCACGAACUUCAAAGGAGGACUUACAUUUAAGGUCAAAGCCGCCAAAAAACUCAUCCCCAACAUCAAGAUCGUCACUCCCGACUGGCUCUUUGUGUGUUUGAGCAGUUGGAAACAGGUGGAUGAAGCUGACUACCUGAUUGACGAGGGUAGCCAGAAUUGGUAUGUCGACGAGAGAGACUUGGAUAAGUACCAAAAAGCGUUACAGGAGCAAAAACAGCAGCAACACGAAACGAUCAUUGCAAGACCCAGGUUUGACUCCAUUGCGUCCAUGGAAGACUAUGACCUUGAUGAGGCCAAUGAAGAAGUGGAUGAUUUUCUCGCUGGGCUCAGCGACGAUGACGAAGAGGAGAAUGAAGACCACGAAAACAGCGACGACGAGGACGACGAAGCGGUCCCUGCCGCCCACGACUCGUUUAUUCGAGAAGCAUACUUGUCGACUUCGAAAAAGAGAUCUCGUGACGACGAAGCUGAUGAUUCUGACCAAGGCCCUAACGAGGUUCCGCACGCAAAGAAGAAUAAGAUAGUUGGUAAGGGCGAAGUAGCACCAGAACAAGAGAACGAAGAGGCUGAGUUGUAUGAGCUAGAACAGGAGUUGUUGGACGGGUUUGACGAUCUUGACGAGUAAUGUGUUAUAGUUAGUUGUAAUAUAUUAAGGAGCUACCGCAUUUUGCGGCCAAUUUGCACCCACAAUGCCUUUUUUU